CCUCCGCAUUAACGCUGGAUGAGUCUCGCGCGCUGCGUUUGCUUGCUGCAGCGAGCGGGGAAGAAUCUCUCGGGGACUCGUCCCUUUGGUGCAACCAUGCCGGUAGAUUUGAGCGGCUGGGGAGGCGCCUUAAGCCUCCCCGAGGUGGAAGACAAGCCGUUGCAUCCCCUACGGGUCCGCUACGGGUCGGUGGAAAUCGAGGAGCUCGGUCAAGUGCUCACACCCACCCAGGUCAAGAAUCGGCCCACCCUGAUCGAGUGGGACAAUUGCAGCCCAGAUAAAUUCUACACUUUGGCUCUUACGGAUCCUGAUGCUCCCAGCAGGAAAACCCCCAAAUUCAGGGAGUGGCACCACUUUUUGGUGACCAACAUGAGAGGAAAUGAUAUCUCCAGUGGGAAUGUUUUGUCUGACUACGUUGGAUCUGGGCCUCCCAAAGGAACAGGCCUCCACCGCUACGUGUGGCUGGUCUACGAGCAGCCCCAGCAGCUGAGUUGCAAGGAGCCCAUCCUGAGCAACCGUUCGGGGGAUAAACGUGGCAACUUCAAAAUAUCAACCUUCCGCAAGAAAUACAAGCUGGGUACCCCCGUGGCGGGCACCUGCUACCAAGCCGAAUGGGAUGACUACGUGCCCAAACUCUACGAGCAGCUGUCUGGGAAAUAAAAUUGCCUCCAUUUCGUGCCCUAGUUCCUCUUUCUUGUAAAUUCUCCCCUUAGGAUAAAUGGCCUGUUUAAUUUCCGGAUGCAUUAUUAAAAACAAUUUCCCAUUGAAUUGGUAACGUGAAUUAAUCUACGUUAAUUCAUUAUAGCAACCUUGAUGGUUUUAAAAGUUUUUUAAAACCCCUGCAACUUAAUUGUAUGUUGCAUUGCUACUUUUGAGAAGUUUCUAUCCUGAGAAUAGAAAAAAACUGUUUCCUAUAACCAUCUUGGUAUGACAAGAGCAACUUAGCUGGUUGUGAAGGGGAAUUGAACCUCUUGCUUUGCCUAAAGAAAAAAAAAAGGCAUAAGUGCCAAACGUUUUGUGUAGAACACCACAACCUGCACUCCUAUAGAGUCAGUGGAAUGAUAAC